AUGGCGGAGAAGCCUCGAGAAGAACCGCCGCCCGAUCGCCGGAGGCCUGUGAUCAAGUCGGGGAUUCGGAGCAGUGGGGCCCGGUUCCGGGCCGCCGCCGGGGAGACCGCGGCGGAGUGCGCGGCGGUGUUCUGCUGCUGCCCCUGCUGCCUGGCGAACCUGGUCGCCGCCGCCGCCGUCAAGCUGCCGUCCGCGAUCAUCCGGAGGGUCCGGCGGAGGCGGCAGCGGAGGAAGGAGCUUCUUUGCCUGAAGGAAAAGAAGACGAAAGCCGCCGGGAACAAAGUCGGCACCACCGUUCGCGACGACGACGACGACAGCCGCGGCGUGUUCAUCUCGACGGCGGCGUACGCGGCUUCGCCGUCGAAUCCGCCAUCCGAGGAGAUGAUCGAGUUAGACAAGAACAUGAUCGCGAAGUUCUACGGCGCAGGAUUCUGGCGCAGCCCUUCGCAAAAAGAGAAGUAA